UAAAGACAUUAGACACAUUAAACAGUCCUCAGUGGCAUCUUCAGCUGAUCCUCAGUGUUCCUGGUGUCCAGCAGACUAUCACCGACUGACUCACGGUAAUCACCAUCAGCAGCAUGGCGUCCUGCGGACUCCUCCCGGCGGUGCUGCUCCUCUCGGUGCAGCUGCUCCUCUGUGUGGCUGCAGCGGACCAGGACUCCGGGACUGUCAUCCCUGCAGAGAGCCGCCCAUGUGUGGACUGUCAUGCAUUUGAGUUUAUGCAGAGGGCCCUGCAAGAUCUAAAGAAGACCGCGUUCAACCUCGAUGCCAGGACGGAGACGCUGGUGCUGAGGGCGGAGAGGAGGGCUCUGUGUGACUGUAUGCCCACCAACUCACUGCGCUGAUCACACCCGACCCGAGGACACCUCCACCCGCCAUCACACCCAGACGCUCCGAUCCUCUACUCAUGUACAGCGAAUCUCAUCUUAACUUAUUCACGCAAUAGACACUUUAUUUGAUUUAUUUCCCAUUUCACCGUUGAGUUGACGCUUUGAUUUGAAAUCAUGCAUCAGAAGGCAUGUUAGUGUUUUUGCCUUAUUCGGGACGACUUUUAUACCACUGAUGUUUUACAUUGUGAAACACAUGCCUGUGACAUUAGUUUGAUUUCAUCGUCAUAGGAUGCGGGUCAGUUCUCAUCUGUUUCCUAUUAAGCAUAAACCAUUUUUUGUACUUUUUAGUAUUUGACUGUAUAAUGUAGAUACAGUAGAAUGCAUCGAUAAGUCACCUUGUUGAAUGUGUUGUAUGAGAUUAAUGUUUACAACGAUCAUACACAUCAAACUGUAGCAUCACAUGGAAUUUAUCUAAAUGUUCAAAAUAUUUCAAUAACAGUUUAAAAUAAUUUAACUGAAUUUCUGCCUGGCUUUUCUUUUGCAAAAAAAAAAAGAAAAAUGGGUUGGGUAAUUUAUUAAAGUAAAAAAAAAAAAGUUAUUUUCUUUGUGAUAAGCAUAACAUUUUUUUGUAAACAAAUCAGCAGAAAGAAAAUUAAUUAAUUAAUUAAUUAAAGUUAAAACAAUAUUUUCAAACCUUUUUUAAGGCGGAAAAAGCUUACUUAUAGAUCUUGAUUUUAGCACAGCACUGUAGCAUGAAUUUACAGCACUUUUUGUUAAACUACUGUUAAUGUAGAUUUUAUGUAUAGAUUCUGUAAAUGUACACGGGUCUAAUCUGUCUGACAAAAGGUGUAUGCAAGAAUAUAGAUGAACAAUAUAGUAUCAGAUGAACUGCGUUAUCAAAGGGGGAACAGAGGAAUGCUGUCUGCAGCAGGGGACAUAGAGAUAGAAAUAAUAAAUGUCUUAUUGUUGCUUGUUCAUGAACAGUGUACUACGUUAACGAUAUGUCACACGACACCCCCAUUUAUUGUCUUAAUGUUGUACCUAUAAAUAAAAA